AUGGCACCGCUCCUUGGUGAUUGGGCAGCAUCGAAAGCUCGCCGGGACAAGGAAGCGGGCCAAGGUGUUCGUCAGAAAAGUAUACUGUAUGUGGAUGCUUAUGAUUCUUUCUCUUACAAUGUGGCGGCUAUGAUUGAAGAGAUUCUUGGGGCUCGAGUCACGGUGAUGAUGAUUGAUGCGGAAUGGCCCGAUGGCAACAUGCUGGAAUGUCUUCAACACUACGAUGCAGUCGUUCUUGGACCAGGACCAGGAGAUCCCAAUGUCCCCGAAGAUGUCGGUAUUAUGGCAGAUAUCUGGAACAUUGACAGCUCGCAUAUGCUGCCUGUUUUGGGUAUUUGCCUUGGUUUCCAGAGUUUAUGUCUUCAUUACGGCACCCCUAUUGGGCGAUUACCGGAACCUCUGCAUGGGCAGGUUCACCGAAUUACAACAGCUGAGAGGGAUAUCUUUGAGAAUCUACAGAAUCUCGAAGUCACUCUGUAUCACUCGCUAUAUGCAAUGUUGGAUGGUCAAGCAGAGUCGGGUUCAUGCGACGGGGCUGCCUCACCAACUCCGGCCCUUGACGUACUUGCCUGGCUCUCUAUCCAAGCAGACGAUCUUUGUUCUUCUGUCACGCAGAUCCCGAUGGCUGUUCGACACACUGAGAAGCCUUUCUGGGGUGUGCAGUUUCAUCCUGAGUCCUGCAAGUCUGACCGAGAAGCAUGCAGUCAACUGCUCCGCAAGUGGUGGGACAUGGCCAUCAAAUACAACAAAAGCCGUCAUCGUGAUGGCUGUGGGAGUCUAUCUAUAGAUAUGAUUCGAUCUUCAUGUGAAGACACUCGCUUGCCAAAUGUUGCUUUCACAAUGGUGAAUUGGAGUGUGUCCUCUUCCGCUAAUUGCGCCUCGAGAUUGUUUGAUACAUGUCAGCUGGAUGCUGAAGGGCUAUGCGAAUUAUUCAACGAUCCGGGCGUUCCGACAGUUUUGUUUCAGUCGAAUGGCAGAUACAGCAUUAUUUCUGUGCCAAGUCCGGGAAGCUGGAGGCUUGAGUACUACUCACAGCGGCACUCUCUAUCAAUGCAACGCCAAUCCGUCUCCUCCAGUGGGUGCAACGCACUGAAAGAUUCGGACAUGAGACUUGAGGCUACCAUGUCUGUUUCUCAGUUUUGGGACGUCCUAAGGUAUUUGAUGGAUAUGAAAAAGGUCGAAUCGGGGAACUAUGAGCUUCCCUUCUGGGGAGGGUUCCUAGGCUAUUUUUCCUACGAACUUGGACUGGCUUGCCUUGCUCACCCCAAACACGAAAGUGGAAGCAUCGCAGAUGACCAUUGCUCUCAGGAGAGCGCCAGUGCUGAUGAUCCACCAGAUGUUAGCCUUCUGUGGACUGACAGGAGCGUUGUUGUUGACAAUGAGACUGGUCGAGUAAUUCUACAAUCGACUAGAGAAGCAGACAAUCUACCAGCUGGCUGGUUAGACCAGGCCUCAAAAACACUGGAACGUUUCUGUUGUAUGGACAUUCUGCCAAAACCAAAGAAUUCUGCCUCCGACGACGAGUUUCUUGAUUCAGUUUUGGGCCGGGGAGUCAUCCAGUUUCCCAGCGAGAAUGCCUACCGAAAUCAGGUUGAGGCUUGCAAGGACGAACUGAGGGCCGGUGAGUCGUACGAGCUGUGCCUUACCUGCGAGACAUCCAUCACUUUACCAUCGCCCGAUGUUCCCAUCGGCCGCAUUGAGUUCCCUUGGAAAUUAUACAAACGACUGCGCAUGUACAAUCCUGCUGCGUUCAGUGCCUUUGCGAGACUUGGAAAUAGCAAGAUUGUGAGUAGUAGCCCUGAGUGCUUUCUCAACUGGGACCGACACUCGACAUUGGAGAUGAAGCCAAUGAAAGGAACUGUUCGAAAGUCCGACAGCAUGACAAUGGAAAGGGCACGGGAGAUUCUUGGAUCAACCAAAGAAAUGGCUGAGAAUCUCAUGAUUGCGGAUCUCGUACGGCACGAUCUCUAUGGCAUCUGCGGUGCUGGCAACGUUCAUGUUGAGAAACUUCUCAAAGUGGAGGAUCACGGUCGAGUAUAUCAAAUGAUAACCCAUGUCAAAGGUCAUGUUGACCCACAUCGACCGGGAUAUGCUGCAAAGAGCCUUCCACGACUGCAGUCGUCGAAUAUGUCAGGAUAUGGACUCACGGCAUUGCAGCGAUGUCUACCACCAGGGUCCAUGACUGGAGCUCCAAAGGAACGAUCCUGUAUGCACCUUUCCUCAAUUGAGGGCCGGAAGCGCGGGAUUUACUCUGGCGUUAUGGGAUUUCUCGACCUUGGAGGAGGAGGAAGCUUUUCUGUCCUAAUACGCACGGCAUUCACAUCAUCUAACGACAAUGACGACGUUCAAAAGUGGCGAAUUGGUGCUGGAGGCGCGGUAACCAUGCUGAGCAGCGCCGACGGUGAAUGGGCCGAGAUGCUCACCAAGCUACAGACUGUCUGCGGCAUAUUUAUGCCUUCGCACGCGAAAUGA